AACUUCCACACGGGCAGGCAAAACUGAGAUUUAAAAUAUAUUCUCGGACUAAAAGCGGAACUACGUGUACAAGCCACCUCUGGCAGAGUUCAUGUGGCUGUAAUUGAGACUUUCCACGCAAGCAGAAUCGUCUGGAACCUCUGAACUAAGCUGACACAAUUUAUUUUUAACCAAUCAGAGAGCGAGGUGAUAAUCAACUGCGGAGAAGUUAGGAGAGUUAAUGCACGCAGCAACAUGGCGUUGAUCAGUAGACUCUUUAUGGUGUGUCUGCCGAUUUUCUUUGUUUUCUUCCCACCAUGGAGUUCGCCUAGCAUUGGAGUUCACUCAUCGAGCGUGGAUGAUGGCCUCCUGCUGGUCACUGUGGCCUCGGACGAAACUGAUGGAUUCAAGAGGUACAUGAGGUCAGCAAACAAGUAUGGACUGGAUGUGGAGGUGUUAGGUAUGGGGAAGGAGUGGAGAGGCGGAGACAUGGCAGUGUCCGUUGGUGGUGGGUACAAGAUCAACCUCCUGAAAGAAGGCUUGAAGAAAUACAAGGACAAGAAGGACCUGGUGCUCAUGUUUACUGACAGCUAUGAUGUAAUUUUUACUGGUGGGGCUCAGGAAAUCUUGAAAAUGUUUAAAAAGUUCAAUGCCAGGGUGGUAUUUUCUGCCGAGGGUUUCUGCUGGCCGGACGCCUCUCUUAUGGACAAAUACCCAGAAGUGAAGAUGAACGAGAAGAGAUUUUUGAACUCAGGCGGAUAUAUAGGUUACGCCCCUGACAUUUACGAGAUCAUCACUCACAAUGAGGUGGGAGACAAGGAUGACGACCAGCUGGUUUAUACAAAUAUCUUCUUGGAUGAAAACCUCAGGAAAAAAUGGAAUAUCAAGUUAGACACCAGAGGAGAGAUUUUCCAGAAUUUAAAUGGAGCUCUGGAUGAAGUGACGCUCAAGUUCAAAGGUGCCAACAGUUACCUGUACAAUGUGAAGACAGGUACCACGCCACUUGUGGUUCACGGCAAUGGACCCAUUAAG